GUAUGUAAAGGAGACUAAAGUUGAUGCCAGAGAUCCAGAGAAAACAAAGAAAAUAGUAAUGGAACCACAACCACCCCAUGAAGCCUUAUCCUUGGUACUAUCUUAUCUCAAUUUAUUGGAACUUCUGUCAAUGAAAGAAGUCUGCAGAUCUUUAAGAUUUACAGUGGAUGAUGAUUUAUUGCUAUGGCUUGAUAUUGAGAUCAAAUCGCCUCUGAACCUGCGCAUUAACAACGAUAUCCUGCUCGAUAUAACAUCGAAAGCGCAAGGAAGAUUGAGAAGUUUGGCUCUGAUUAAUUGUGUUGGAAUCACAGAUGAUGGACUUCAAAGAGUCAUUCAGGACAAUCUUCUUAUCAACAAGCUAUCUGUACCGGCAUGCACAAGAUUGACACCUGAUGGUAUUGUGAGGGUAGUCAAGAAGUUAACAGGUGGAUCUAACAAGCAUAAUUUGAGGUACUUGAGACUUUGUGGUAUCCCCAACUUAACAAAGGAACACCUCCAAGUUCUCAACUCAUGUUUACUGCAACAUAAGAGCGCCACUAGCAGCGAUCAAUCGCGGAAACAUUCCACAAUAGUUGAUUACAACAAACAACGCGCACAAUCGAACAAUGAGGUUGAAGCUAAUGAUAAUCAUAUUGAUGUAGAGAUCUGCCCUAAAUGUGAGAAUGUGAGCUUGGUAUAUGACUGUCCAAAAGAGAGCUGUGUGAAGAAGAAAAAUGAGAACCCGUUGAGGGAAUGCAGAGGAUGUUGUAUUUGCAUUCCAAGGUGUGAAGGUUGUGGUGAGUGUACAGACCAGGCAGAGGAUGAGGUUCAAGAAACUGUUUGCUCUGAUGUUUUGUGUUUGAAUUGUUGGCUCAAUCUACCUAAAUGCAAUCUUUGUAAUAAGCCGUAUUGUCCAAGACAUGCUGAUAUCUAUGGCGCAACAGUCACGGCCUCCACCGGCUUUAUUUGUGAUGUAUGUAUGUUUGAGUAUCAAGGAAUCUAAUAUCAAGUUAUAUUUCUGAAUUAAGUUCACGAUAACAAGAUGAUAAGAAGCCAGAGAGACAUAGCCGUAUCUCCAAUCAUGAUUUAUAUCCCUAGGUAUCUCUUUGCUAAAUGUCCUAAGCAUUGCUUGUAUGUUUCUAUGAGAUUAUGAAUAAGAAUGAAAAUUGGGCACCCAAAAAAAAAAA